UGUAAAGGCCUCGACAUCUGCAUAUAUGACAAAGGGAACUUGAAGUUGUUUCGCAAAAUGAACUCUAGCUCAUUGUGUUUUUCGUCGGGUAAUUGCACAUGUUGGGGGUCGUGUUUGGAGCAGUGUUCGAUAUGGCUCUGUAACAGAUCUUCUCUAACAAAACCCUGAAGGCAGUAAUGGCAAAAGUAGGAUUUAGUUCUAUGUUUUUUGGUUCUCGACAGAAAAGAGUCUAUGUUGGGAAUGAGACAAUAAUGGGUGUUUUCGUCUUUCUGAAGAUAAAGUAAAUUGACCGUAUGACUUGCCUGUUUUUAUGACGUAUAAGGGACAGGUCUCUUUACUCUCACAUCCAAACACGUUCACCGAAAUGUCGUUUUGUUUUUCAAACUAACUUAUUUCAGAUAUGGAGACGGGAUAGGUAAUGCCAGUCAUGUCAAGGUCAUUUUGUAACGUUUCGUAAGGAACACGUGCUCGGGAAAAUCGCGAAUAGGAUGAAGCGAAGCCAAAACAGACCACAAAAGACAUUUCUGAUCGUUGUUGACGACGUUGACAAUUCUUUGCUGUCUGAAAGUGGAUGGGGUAGGUAUGUACGAGGAACCUGGCAGAGGUGAGUAAUUGACUAUACUUACAUUCAAUUUCAGUAUUGUUUUUAAAAUCCAACUAGAUCCCUUGUGAAUGUAUUCCUCGAAUGAGGCAAACAUUUUCUGAAACGAAGCGUUCAAUUCACUAUCAGAAAACUGUCAUUUGGCAUGUAAAUGUAAUUGUUACUUCUAAAAUGAGGAAAGGAUUUUUGAACGUUACCGUCCUUGUCUGUCUUUUCGAAUUCCACUUGAAUACACAAAUACCACUUGAUUCCGUUCAAAUUCUGACACGAUCGUUUAAAAUGGUCCCUUAUUUUUUCUCGAGUAUUGGAAAAAAAUGUCAACAAAUCCAUACGAUCGUUGUCGUUAGGAUAAAUACUUCUCACGUUUGCCUAUCCAUUAAAACUGAUGCGUGUCAUUUCUUACAGGUGGUGGGAGCUGCGGCGGUUCUACAUCCGGAGGGGUCUCCACAUCCGGCGACGGCUCUACAUCCGGUUCCGGUGGGAACUCUACAUCCAGUGGCGACUCUACAUCCGGCGGUGGCUCUACAUCCGGUUCCGGCGGGACUCUACAUCCGGUGUCGACUGAGGACCACUACCUUUCUGGUAAUUUGUUGGAAUUUCCGGCGGUUCUGGAGACGGACCUGCAAUCGCAAGAACAGGACACACACGAUUUCUUUCUGGAUGAAGGACAUUUUGGAAGGGAAUAGCAGACACAUGAUGUCUGGUUAUAACGACAAGACUAAGAAGAUCGGGUCAUAAGAUUACAUCCUUGUGAACUGAGAUUUAACGUUCAUAUCGUGUAGAUGACAAAACGACAGAAAAAGAUAAAACAACAAAACAAAAAUGGAGAAACCAGACGGAGCUUGGGCUUGGGUAGUUGUCAUAGCUGCGUCAUGCAUCCGAAUCAUCGUGUACGGCAACUCGUACACAUCCGGUGUUGUGUACUACGUCAUUUUGGACGUGUUCGGAAAGAGUAGGGCUGAGACGUCAUGGAUUGCUUCUGUGAUCACGGCAGCUACAUUUGCAACGUGUCCUAUUUCCGGCGUAUUGGUGAAUCGGUUUGGCAUGAGGAAAGUGGCACUCGUCGGCGGCAUCGUGGCAUCAAGUGGCCUGAUGGCGAGUUCAUUUGCUACAAAUUUACCUAUUCUGACCUUGUGUUACGGCGUUAUCACAGGAAUUGGAUGUGGACUCACAUUUAUACCAGGUAGUGUUGCGGUUGCGAGAUAUUUCACCAAGCGGAGGAAUAUCGCAAUGGGCGUGGCCGGAGCGGGGAGUGGGAUUGGCUCAUUUGCGUUUCCACCAAUUAUUAACUACCUGACCGAGAAAUAUUCUUGGCGGGGCAUGUUCAUGAUUUUAUCUGGAAUAUCCUUAAACAUGUGCAUGCUUGCCUUACUUUACCGACCUGUGACGUCACCUAACAACAACAGUGUCGAGGUGUCGGACCAGGAGCAGCCAAUCACAGAGAAGAAAGAAACAGAAAGAAAGAAAAAUGUUUGGACAUUUUUAAAAUUAAGCGAUUUUUAUGUUCUUGCUCUAAAUAACAUAUUAUACCAAUUGGGGUCUACCAUUGUGUAUGGACAUUUAGGAACGUAUGCCAUUCACCAACUGAAAUUCGACAAAGUCUAUGCCUCUAUGCUAUAUUCUAUUAUUGGAUUAACAGUCAUGCUAUUUAAGCUCGGCCAAGGAUUCGUCAUCCAAAACCCCAGAUGGAAGUUCUUCCAAUCCUAUCAACAGUAUAUAUUGUGGUACACUGUUGGGGGCGUGUCCACCAUCGUCUUUCCCUUUAUAGAUAUGGGCUAUGCCGGACUAGUUGUGUUUUCCCUUUUGUUUGGGGCCAGUAAUGCCGCCACCGGGGGCUCAAUAAUACCAGCCAUUUUGAUAGACUUGUCAGGCGUUGACCAGUUCACCUUGACUUAUGCAAUUAUUCUGUUCACGCAAUCCAUUGGGAUGCUCUUAGGCCCGUUUGUAGCAGGCCUACUGUUUGAUACGUUGAAAUCGUAUGACGCUGCUUUUGUUUUGGCGGGAGUGUUGAUGAUAAUCAGCGCCGGUAUCAUGAUUUUUCCCUGUCGGAACUACAAAGCUCCAGAAACAAUGACAGAUACCAUAUAUGUUGUUACUUCUGACCAGCACUCGGAUGAUGUCGAAGCUGCAAGCAAUGAUGGUCACGAAGAGGAUAAAUAUAUUGGCCAAACCAACGAUCCAAUCAAAUCUUCUUUAAUAAAACGAACUGGCGAAUAUGUAUCUGUUACAGAAGCAGAGGAGGCAUCCCGUUUAAUCGAAUCUACAUUGUAGUAUCAAGCGAUCUUACUUGAGGUUCAUUGUGGAAGGGAAACAAUCAUACAUUAAAAUGUUUUAUCAUCUAACUGUAUAACUGUUAGAUGAAAAGCCAUUCCAUAGUGUUUUCCAUAAUAAUCCCGCAAUGUAUGGUUUUCUUUUCAAAAACUAUUGAUCAAAUGUAUAAUUAUUUAUAUUUCGCACAUACCGUAACAUACUCUACUUGAUCAAAUAUAUAGUAAUGCCAGAACAACCCAGUUGGCAACACGAAGUCGCAGUUUUUGGCUGUGAUACGACAAAUCUUAAGAUAAAUCUGGCGUAUUAUUAGAUCAUAUUAUUUUUAUAUAUAAUUUAUACGAAAAACUGAUGGUAGUAUUGCAACGAUGACGUACGAAUACCAAGAUGAAAGUGGAGAAAAUACAUGUAUAGUACUAUGAUCAAGUAAACUUUCUAUUUAUACUUUUUAAACAGAAGCAGAAUGUCUAGAUUAUAGUUUUUAAUGUUCAUCUAUAUUUUUUAUAUUUAUAUUAAACAGAACCAGCAGCUGAUCAUUUAUCCUUUGUUAUCAUAAUAUUUUGGUAUUCCCUUCGUAUAGAUGUGUGUGGUAAUAUAGUGCUAUUAGGUUGAUAUAAAAGCUGUUCGCUGAUGGAAAUACUUAAAAUACAGCUUAAUGUUCAUGGUAAAACGCCUUGCCUGUAAUCGAACAUUUUAAUCCUUUAUAAGCAAGAUUGAAGAAAGCAAAUCUGUAAUUAAACAACUCUCAGACA